AUGCCUCGUGUUUCAAAGCCUCCUGUGAAAACUGCGUGCUUGGCGUGUCGAACAUCGAAAACUCGCUGUGAUGGUGAACAUCCAUGCAGAAGUUGUUCUGGAAAGAGGCGAAACUGCAGUUAUCAACCUAGUCGUCGAGGCGGGGCUCGUCGAGGUGUACAGUAUGAAGAAUCACGUCGAUCAGCAGCCAACUCACUGCCCCCUUCAUCGCUAUCAAAUGUCGCCGACGAAGAUCCAUUUGCUGCAAGCAUGAUGGGCCUCGUGUCGCCAUUUGCCGGCAUUCACAACCUUGAUCUAUCCCCAGAGUCUCUGUCUGCAGAUGAAGCUCACCAAAUAUGGGGCCAGCUCACCCCACAUGAUGACAGCACCUACGAUUCAGCUUCCCUACCCUAUACAGGAGCCCCGCUGAUACGAUCGUAUCAAUCCGAAGCAGAAAUCGCCAAUGCGUACUACAUUUACAUUCAUUCGUACUUGCCUUUGCUACCACCACCAGUGGAGCCGCAAUAUGAAGAUCAACCGAAGAUGAUCAGACCAAUCGGAGAGGCCUCACAACCUCACAAGUCAGAUUUGCCAUACUGGCCAGCCUCAUCACUGAGCUUAGCUUUAUCUGCAAUGCUUGUUCUCAUACCUGCCCCCGAAGACCAGUAUUCCACCACGGAAACGGAAUUUGCUGCUAGAAGAUCAUAUGCCCAGCUCUUCGCACAAGCAGCACUAACAGCCGUGGAAACCGAAAUUGACGACUUGACGCCUAAUCUGACUUCCAUACCAAAAUCAGAAUCUUGUCGAGAUCAAGCAUCUUUGCAUCCACGGAUACCCACACAAAUUUACCCUGUACUGACUCUUGUAGUCUUGGGAAUUUACGAGUAUUGCCAACGAGGCAAUAUACCCCGGAUGCGAGCUCGAGGAAACCAGGCUAUGACAACUGCCAUGGACAUUUCGAUUCACAAUCUUGACUCGUCAACGACAGACUUUUCCGAGGCUCAGAGACGAGCCUGGUGGAUGACGGUAUGA